AACCGGAGUCAAAACCACCGGAGGACCUAAAGUGAACGGUUUUGUAAGUUGAGGGAUGAUAUAUAUCUGGUUUUGUGGUUAGGGACGAUUUGGAUACCACUAGCUCGCGCCGACGGGCCUGGCGGCAGCGGGGCGAGCGACGGUGGCAGCACGGCGGCCACGGCGGCGCGAGGCUUGCGGACGGCGGUGACCGGCCGGGCGGCUAGUAAUGAACGACGGCGGCGGUGCCGGUGGCAGCCGCGGCUAUGGGAGGCAGCAACGGCAACACCCGUGGUGGCAGCGGCGGUGGCUGACGGUGCGGAGGCAGAGGCCUCGGAGCUCGUCGCAGCGGUGGUGUCAGCGGCUGGACGACGGCAGCAGCGGCUGCUGUGGCACGGUGGGAGGAGGCACGGUGGUGCGUUCGGCAGUAGUGGUUGCGGUGGCAGUGACCGCGGUGGUACCGGAGGCAUGGCGGCCUCGGACGGCUAGCCGAGGGCGUGGCAGACGGCUGCAUUUGGCCGGUUUACAACCCUGUAGGGUCGUAACCAGGAAAAAGGAAAAAUAUACCACCACCCACACACCGACAACGUCAACACACAACCCGGGAUAAGGCUAGCACCGGACCGCCCGCUGCUAAGCGUGACCGACCGCCACUAAGCGUGACCGACCGCCACUAGACCAACAAAGGAACACAGACGAGAUCGCCCCCUAGGGGAUGCCAAAACGACGUCUUCAAGAAGAGAAGCGACGGAAAAAACCGCCUCCGCCGUCCGUCGGGGCUCAAAGGAGCCAAGACUGGGCUUUUGCCCGGCAACCGCCCUUGAGGAGUCAGACAGCACGACAACACCCUCAGAAGGGGGAAUGAACCAUCGUUGUCGGCCCGGCCAAGGCCGGGCUAGGUUUUCACCCGCCGCUCACGACCUGUGAAUCCAUGGCUAACGCACCGAUGCUCCACCACCACUCUAGCUCUGCCGACAAGUGAGACUCCUACACCAGCGUCCCUCGCCGGCUAGCCUUCGUGCGCCGAAGACUGCGCCACACCCAUCGACAGUUCCUCCUCACACCAAGGUCACUUCCACCACCGCUAAAUCCAUUAAAAAAGGACAAAUUUUAGCGGAGGGGGCUGCUACGGGCAAGUUGAGUACUCAGAUUCGGCGCUUGCUUGACAUCUCUCUUUGAAUUUUGGACAAAGCCGACCAGGAAUCCAGCUGAAUGACACGAGUUACUCUCCCGAGCCUCCUCUUUAUUCAGAAAUGAAACCAAGCGUUGAGAAUAAGUCCUUCCCUUUUGUGUGAAUUCCCGCCGGCCGCGCCUCUCGCGCUAAGCCAGCCUCCAUCUCCGCCUCCCGCGGUUUGAAGCCAAAUUUUGGCAUGCCUAAGAAAAUAGGCCAUUUCAAUAUUGAACUUAGGCUAUUUUGGCUUCAAUCCAAACACAACUUUACCUCACCAAAAUUAGGCAUGCCAAAACUUACCAAAAUUUAUCAGGCAUUUUUAGGCAAACCAACCCUCGAUGACAAGUUGAGGGACCUUCUUCGAUGUACUUUUUCCAACCCAAUAACGUGGACCGGGCCGACAGAUCUGGCCCAUAACUAGCAUGCAUUGUUUUCCAGGCCUUGGAUGGGCUUUUGUGAAAAUACGGCCCACUCGGUGGAUGUCUUGUCUCCUUAUCUGCAACGUGCCCACCCACCAGUCCACGCAGUCUCCUUGCUGUGAUUGUGUUUGGCGUUUGCUUCUGCAGUUCUGCUGCCACAUUGUUGAUUUGCUCCCAAAUCCCAAUCCGCCGCCGCCGCCGUCGUCCUCGACGGUAGCCAGCUCCGACAGGAGGUUCCCCGUGCUAUCCCUCCCUCUGCAAUACUGUGGUUUUGCUCUGACUUCCAUCGGCUAGCCUAGGCGCAAAGCAACCCACCAUGGCCUCGCAGCCGUUGCUCUUCCGGUGGAUGCAACCCCACUGCAAGUGUGUGGAUGCAGAUUGAUUUUUCAGUUUGCUUCUUCCGUUGGGACCCCACACAAUUGUUCAGUCCAGAAAAUGUGAGUUUCCUGCCUUGCAGUUGAUCAGGUCAAUGCCGAUGCAUCUCCCACGCUCCCUCCAAUACCCACCCUCGACUCCACACCCUCUACAUUCCACCGCCUUCUCCCACAGCCUCCGCCCUCGCCGUCCCAAUGGUCCUCCCCCAGCCUUCGCCUCUGCCGAGUUCCCAGGUUCAGUUCCAGACAGUGCCCAGAUGCCACCACGACGCCGCCGCCGCCGGAGUGUGGCUGGCAUUGACCAGGACGAUCUCCUUGACCCCGACGCCCUCGCCGACCCAGACAGCAGCUUCUACGAGAUCAAUGGCGUAAGGGUCCACCACAAGGUUUGCACCCAUGAGGAUUCCAGUGACCAAUCUCCAGACUCUGCCAUCACAAACGCGGACCAAAACCAAAUUGGUUUGCCCAUAGUGCUAUUACAUGGGUUUGGCUCGUCGGUCUUCUCUUGGACCCACAUCAUGCGCCCUCUAGCCCGCAUUGCUGGUGCCAAGGUUCUAGCCUUUGAUCGGCCUGCCUUUGGUCUGACAUCCCGAACCAUCUGGUCUGGUGAUGACACCAAGCCUAUCAACCCCUACUCCAUGGCCUUCUCAGUCAUGGCAACUUUGGCAUUCAUUGACCAACUCGGUGCCAAGAAGGCCGUCCUUGUCGGGCACUCAGCUGGUUGCCUUGUGGCAGUGGAGGCAUACUUUGAGGCACCAGAAAGGGUAGCUGCACUUGUGCUGGUUGCACCAGCCAUUUUUGUGCCAGUUUUCAGGAGGAAAGGUGUGAAGGAGAAUGGUGUAGGUGAACAAGAAUGGCAGAAUAAGAAGGAUUCCAAUGAUUCAAAUUUGCCUACAAAUCCACUCAAUAGGAUUUGGGGAAAAUUCCUCGAGCUAUGCUUGUGGAUUGCAGGGUUUCUUAUGAAUAUGAUUAGGGCAAUAGGUGGUGUUGUUCGAUCUUUGUAUUAUAAAUCUGUUGUUGCUGUUCUUCGAUCAUCAGUUGGCGUGAUGCUGGUAAGAUUGAUCAUGGAUAAGUUUGGUAUAUUGGCUGUCCGCAAUGCAUGGUAUGACCCAAGCAAAGUGACGGAUCAUGUCAUUCAAGGUUACACUAAGCCAUUAAGAUCCAGAGGUUGGGAGAUGGCUCUUUUGGAGUACACUAUAUCCAUGAUCAUGGAUUCUAUAUCAUCAUCGAAAGUGCCUGUCUCAGAAAGGCUUUCUGAGAUCUCGUGCCCAGUGCUAGUGGUGAGUGGAGACACUGAUCGCCUUGUUCCUCGUUGGAAUACCGAGCGCGUAGCACGUGCGAUUCCUGGUGCAGGAUUUGAGGUGAUCAAGAACUCUGGGCACUUGCCACAGGAGGAACGACCCGAAGAAUUUGUCUCUGUUGUCGAAAGGUUUCUGAGAAGAGCUUUUGGGAGACCCAACAACGAGCAAGAGCAAGUGUUGCAAGCAGCUGUAUGAUAUGAAACCAGUACCUGUAGAUAAGCAUCUAGUACUAGAUAACCAAUACAUGUUUAGAUGCGUUCUGUACUAGUUCUCUGUAAGCCGUUAAAUUUUAUUUGCUAAAAAUAAUAUCAUUAAGUUAACAUUUGAAUUUACUUUUA